AUGCUCCUUCAAGAGGAAGGAUCCGUGUCCGACUUGUCCGUCUUGCACAGACACCCGGAAAGUCUGCCUGGACCAGAAUACUUGCACCAGCUGGUACGACCAUCGUCAGCUACUGACGCUCCUGCCAUCGACUUCCUGGAAGAUGGAGGUCAGAGGCGGAAGCUUACGUAUGAGGAAUUGCAUACGGCAAGCGAUGGUCUUGCGCAAAGAAUUAGGUUACACCUUGCGAGACUGGAAAAUGCCUCUGAAGUUGUGCCAAUCCUUUUGCCUCAGUCACCAGAGCUCUACAUUGCCUUGCUGGCCAUAUUGAAGAGCGGAAGGGCAUUCUGUCCAAUCGGUCUCGAUGCACCGCCUGAGAGAGUGGCUUUCAUUCUUAAGGAUGUUUCAGCUGACAUCUUGAUCACAAAAUCGACACUCAGAGAGCACCUUCCUUCCUCCUCCAACACACAAGCAUUGCUUAUCGACAGAGACGAUCAAGCGCACACUUCUGGCACGGCUUCAGAGACACGACACCAGCGGCAAUCGCGAUUAGCUUAUGUACUCUACACAUCGGGAUCUACAGGACUUCCCAAGGCUGUCAGCGUGUCACAUCGCGCUGUCACCCAGAGCUUAUUAGCUCAUGAUCGACACAUCCCUCCUUUCACUCGGUUCCUACAGUUCGCGGCACCUACAUUUGACGUGUCGAUAUUCGAGAUAUUUUUUCCCUUCUAUCGCGGUGUCACACUUUCCGGAUGCGCACGGACGCAGAUGCUCAACGACCUGCCUGCUACCAUUGCCUCAUUGCGGGUAGAUGCUGCCGAACUCACACCCACAGCCGUCAGCAACCUACUCCGAGGCCGAAAGAGUGUGCCAGGACUCAAGUUGCUGCUUACCAUUGGCGAAAUGUUGACACGGGACGUGAUAGAUGAGUAUGGCGGAACGGAUUCCAGACCUAGUAUUCUCUGGGGCAUGUACGGACCCACCGAAGCUGCAAUUCACUGUACUUUGCAACCCAGCUUUUCUUGCACAUCUUCUUUGGGCAACAUUGGAUUCCCAUUGGAUACUGUCACAGCUAUAAUAGCGGCUCCUGUUCACCAAGGUGAACCUACAAAAGUUCUGAAGGUCCUGCCACGAGGAGAGAUGGGUGAACUGGUCAUCGGAGGUCCUCAAGUUGCCGACGAGUAUCUAAACAGGCCAGAAUUGACAUCGGAUGCGUUCAUCCAUGAUCCGACAUUCGGCUAUCUGUACCGCACAGGAGACAAAGCCCGACUAUGCUCUGAUGGUACGCUCGAAUGCUUGGGACGCAUGGUGUCCGGUCAGGUGAAGCUAAGGGGGCAGAGAGUGGAACUCAGCGAGAUCGAACAAACAAUCAUCAAAGUCGACGGCUGCUACAGUGCAGUUGCGAUGGUGAUCGAAGAUGCAUUAGUUGCAUUCUGCGCCACGGAUCCAUUGACAGUAUCAAGCACGAUCGUGCGAGAGACUUGCCGACAGUGGCUGCCAAGUUACAUGGUCCCCAUUGAAUUCAUCUUCGUUGACCGCAUGCCUCAACUCCCCUCUGGAAAAAUUGAUAAGCCUGCUCUGAAAGCAAUCUACUUGGACAAAAAGCCUCGUCCAACCUCUUCGGUAAUGCAGUCUAGCAGCAUGUUAGAUGACCCUGUUACCUCGAUCUUCCAGGCCGUGCUUGGACGUGCAAUUUCAGAUGGCGAGGACUUUGCUAGCGUUGGACUGGACUCUUUGCGCUCGAUCCGUAUUGCGUCUGCACUACGCGAAACAGGGCUCGACGUCGGAUCUGUAGACAUCUUGACCACGAAUAACCUCAAAGAGCUCAGAGAUCUCUGCAAAGGAAGGGAGAAGCGAGCUUCCCACCUCACAGAACAGUCCAACAUGGAUUCAAGUCGCUUGUUGAACUUUCCGGAAUUGCAAUCAUAUCGCAAUGACAUAGUUGACAUCUUACCAUGCACGCCUUUACAAGAAGCAAUGCUGACGGAAACUGCUACGAAACCCAGCGCUUACUGCAACUGGAUUGAAGUCGAACUAUUCCAACCUCACUCAUUCUCGCAUAUACACGAGGUGCUCAGCACCAUUGUACACCGUAAUGAGAUUCUUCGCACUGGAUUCUACAUGGCCAACAUAGCAUCUACGACCUUUCUGCAGCUUGUGUGGGACAGUAUGCAAGCUUCUACGGUAAUCGAGGUCUCCACCUUUUCUCGAUCAUAUUCUCUUGGGUCGGUGCAAUCUCUUCUACGUCCCUUCAAUGUGCAAAUCAUCGCGGCUACCGAUAGGCCGCGUCUUCUGUUUCAGAUUCAUCAUGCUUUAUACGAUGGCUGGUCUUUCGAUCUUCUCCUACACGACUUGAAUGAACUGCUGGCAGGAUGUCCGAGCAUUGCCCGACCACAAUUUCGCGACGUGGUCAAUUACUACCUACAAAUGUCUAACUCAGGCGCCCAAGAGAAGAGCGCAGAUUAUUGGCGAAAAAUUCUCCAUGACUUUUCUCCGACACCUCUACCAAAUUUUAACGGCCGGACACUUCCCCACUCAGGGCUUUCGUAUCUACGAGGAGAGUACAUGAUCAAUAUGGAGUUCUUGUCCGCUGCCGCUAAAGAGCACGCAAUUCAUCCUCAAGUGUUCUACCAAGCCGCCAUUAGCCACGUCAUCGGCCAGUAUCUAGGAACAUCCGACGUCGUGAUCGGAACUGUCACAUCCGGUAGGACUGUUCCCGUCACACGGGUUGAGGAGGUAAUGGGUCCUUGCAUCGCCACUCUUCCCUUUCGCACAGAUCUAUCGUGCCUCACAGUUUGUGAUCUGCUGCAGAAGACCCAACAAGCAAAUCGAGACAUGUUGCAGCAUUGUACACUGCCUCUGCGCGCGAUCACAAAACUGUGCCAGCUUCGUCCGCGAGAGCGCUUGUUCGAUGUUCUCUUCGUCUGGCAAGAGUCCCUCGUCUCGACCGAAAAUGGACAUUUUAACCUCCACGUAGUAGACAGCGCAGACGACCUUGAACUCAACAUCACGUUUGAGGUUGAGCCUCGGGAUGAGAGUAUCGCCUACCGAAUAACCUACGAUGCGUCGAGAAUUCCCGAGAAGCAAAUUGAGUACCUCGCGAUGCAGGUUCAGCAGACGGUGCGGUACUUUCUUGCCAACUAUAAUGGGAAGUUGAAAGUAGCGAAGGGUUUCCUUGACGAUAAAGCAUUGUCAAUUGUGAAUCCUGAGCCAGAAGGGGGGCCCAUACGACACGGACCGGCCCAUUGCGUGGAGAUGCGAGCCGUGGAGUUUCCAUCCAAAGACGCUGUUAUACUAGGAUCCGUCGUGGACGGCAACAUGGAGAUUACGGAGAGGCUAUCGUACGCUUCAUUGAAUGCACGUGCAAAUCAGCUAGCACAUGCUCUGGUAGCACUUGGCGCCGGGAACGACCAAUUGGUGUGCGUCAUGCUCGAGAAAUCCAUUGAUCUCUACAUUUCCAUUCUGGCCAUUCUCAAGACAGGAUGCGGAUAUCUUCCGGUCGUACCAGAUACUCCAACAGAGCGAUUCAAUCGUAUACUAGCAGAUUCUCGAGUCAAGAUCUGCAUAAGCAAACUCGAAUAUACGAAAUACGCCCACCAGGCUGCGCUCUUGGUGCUGGACCCUGCUGAUCCGAAGCUGGCGGGAUAUCCGGACCACAACCUCACAACAUCAUAUAAUGGCGAACACUUAGCGUAUGCAGUGUUUACCUCCGGAAGUACUGGGAAACCCAAGGGUGUCCUUGUAACCCAGAACAAUCUGAUGAGCAACUUGGGGUAUCUCUCCACUCUCUACCCAUAUACUGAGAGCUCAAGACUUCUACAAUCAUGUUCCCAGGCGUUUGAUGUUUCAGUUUUCGAGAUAUUCUUCUCCUGGUACGUGGGGAUGUGUCUGUGCACGGCGACCAAGGACGAUCUUUUUUACGACUUUGAGGCUGCAAUUGACAGCUUGGACAUUACCCAUUUGAGCCUUACACCUACGGUGGCGGGCCUGGUCGACCCGAGCAGGGUACCCAAAGUGAAACUUUUGGUGACAGCUGGUGAGGCUGUUACAGAGAGUGUCAAGCGGAAAUGGGCUGGUAAAGGGCUAUACCAAGGAUACGGGCCAUCGGAAACAACCAAUAUCUGUACCGUCAAGCCCUGUGUAACUGAGUCCGACCUAAUCAACAAUAUCGGACCAAUCUUCCCGAACACUUCUCUUCUGAUAUUGGAACCUGGAACUGACAGAAUCGUUCCGCGAGGCGCGAUUGGCGAGCUCUGCUUUGGAGGAGCCCAAGUCUUUCGUGGUUACCUUAACCGACCGGAUCUCAACGCUGAGAAGAUAAUCGAACACCUGAGGUAUGGACGUAUCUACCGCUCAGGCGAUAUGGGCAGGCUGCUGCCGGAUGGUUCAAUACUGUCGGCAGGUCGCUUAGACGAUCAGGUUAAAAUCCGCGGGCAGAGAGUAGAACUUGGAGAAAUCACGUCCGUUGUGCUCGAUCAUCCUCACGUUAAGGACUGUGCUACUGUGUUAAUCCAAGACCGUAUGGCGGCACCCCAGGACCCCAACAGUGCGAGAAAGGCGAGCCAACGGCUGGUAGUUUUCUGGGUUCCAGCAGGCGAUAUGCAUACCGAAUUCUGUUCUCUUGCGCCAAAAGCAUACAGGAUCAAGACCUCGGAAAUAUUUGAGGCAUUGAACCUGCAACUCCCGGCUUACAUGAUACCAACACAUAUUAUACCCAUUACUCGCAUCCCGAUGACCUCCCAAGCAAAGAUCGACCAACGGCUGUUGCAAAGUACUUUCCAGCGGUUCGAAAGCGAAGACCUGGAGCUUACAUCUCUCGGCUCUGGCCCAGAUCAACGCGAACAGGCGCUUACUGCUACCGAGAAAACAAUAGCAGAGGCUCUAUCGCGUACGAUGGAUCUGCCUCUCGUUGACAUCAAGCAAAACUCAUCGUUUUUCAACCUUGGCCUAGAUUCUCUCUCAGCGAUCCGCUUCGCUAAGAAUCUUCGGGAUGCGGGAUUUGAGCAUGUCCCUGUCUCGCUCAUACUCAGAAAUCCUACGGUGGAGCGAUUAUCAUCAAUUCUCUUGGAGAAACGUGCAUCCGGAGUGGUUGCCUUAGCUCCUGACUUGGGACAGAACUUAGCCAAUGUUUUCGACUCAAGCCAACUCUCUGACAUCCGCUCUGAAUUUGGUGUAGAUCGCGAUAACAUAGACAGGAUCUUGCCUUGUACUCCGUUACAGGAGGCUAUGUUAUCGGGCGCGCCGACAUACCCAGGAGAACUAAGCCAGGACCCCCAACACAGUGUGAGGAAUGCUUCGUAUUAUAAUGUGAUGGUGUUUGCAGUCAAUGGCUCUCUUGAGCGUCUAAAAGAGUGCUGGGAACAUAUGUUUCAAAGACACGACAUCCUACGAACAACCUUUGUCGCAACCGACAAUGCGCAACAUGCAUUUGCACAGGUUGUACUCCACAAUAUGUCCGUAUCUUGGGAUCAGAUAGAGCCGAGUACGGACGCACGGGCGUAUGCCAGGAACGUGCUGUCUGACUUACUCCAGUCACAUCAACCACCAGUACGCCUAGCAAUCCAGGGUUAUGGGACUUCAGCCAGGCUCAUCUUCUGCUGUCACCACGCGCUUUACGAUGGGUUGGCCAUCGGAAAUCUUCUUCGGGAGGUACAAGACUUCUAUUUCGAGAAGAAACUACCAGCCCCCGUGCCGUACGAAUCCUACUUGCAGCAUAUUUCAAUUUCUGAUCAUGAAGGAGCUCUGCAGUUCUGGAGAGCAGGACUGGCGAACUUCGAGCCAACAUACUUUCCGAAUCUCUCCAGCAAGCUACUGCAGCCUUCACACAUGUCAUCCUUGGUUCAACAGCACAUACAGAUACCACUCAGCGUAGUCACACAGCACUGCCGAAAAACAUCCAUCUCCCUGUUGGCUCUAGUACAGUCCGCCUGGGCAAAAUUGUUGCAUUUCGUUAUGGCAGGUACCGACAUGUGCUUCGGAAACGUGGUCAGUGGUCGCACACUACUAGAAGAUGGACUUGACCGCUUGGUGGCGCCUUGCUUCAACACGCUUCCCGUACGCUUGAACUUUGAUUUCCAGAGAUCAAAUGCCAAACUCUGCAAGAAGCUCCAUGCUUUCAACGUGGAUUCUCUACCUUUCCAACUGACCCCUCUGCGCUGGAUCCAGUCCAAGACACGACAAGAAGAAGGUCGCUUAUUUGAUACGCUUGUCAUUCUUCAACAGCCACAAACACCGCUAGACAAUUCAAUCUGGACGCUAGAACUAGAUGAUGGAGAUAUGGAUGUGCCAGUUGUUUGCGAAGUAAACCAAGAUGAAUCUGCGGACACAUUGACUCUCAACCUACACUAUCAGCUCGACAUAUGCCAAAAAGAGGAUGCUGAAAUACUAGCGGCAGUCUUCGACCACGCACUUCAGUCACUUGUGCGCUACCCAGAAUCGGCAGCAGAAGACACUAUCGGAUUUCCGGAUCGCUUGCUAGGUCAGUCCAACAUGAGCUCUCAGCCGUUUUAUACACCAAAGGGUGGACUACUGUAUUCUGCGUUCGAGCACAAUGCUUCAAAGAGACCGGAUUCGAUCGCUCUUGACUUCCAAGAUGCUAGCGGAGUGACAACAACCUUCACCUAUUCUACUUUGAACGAGAAGGCGAAUCAGAUCGCGCACGCUUUGCUCCAUCUUGGCUUAAAACCCGAAGACGUAGUUCCGGUACAUAUGCCAAAGAGCCCCGAGUUCUAUGUCUGUAUACUUGGUGUACUCAAAGCUGGUGCUGCGUUUUCUCCAAUUCAUCCUGAUCUACCAGAGGCGAGGAAGCAGUUCAUGAUAUCUGAACUAGGACCCAGGGUCGUACUCUCAUUUGACACUGCCAUCGGAUGGCUGCAUGAAGCGGGUAUCGUUGUACUUGACGUUACAGAGACUGCGAAUUAUCCCACCCAGAACCCCUCUGUGAAUAGUCUCCGCCCCACAAAUAUAGCUUACUGUCUGUACACUUCGGGCUCCACAGGGCGACCCAAAGCUGUUAGCAUGGAGCAUCGCGCGCCUAUUCAGACAAUCGAAAGCUCCCGUUCUCUCGUACCCUGGACCCACAAUUCAAGGCUUCUGCAAUACGCAGCUAUUACAUUCGACAUGUGCUACUACGAUUGCUUCUUGGCAUGGACCUUUGGGUUCACCUUGUGCGCUGCUGACCAAGACACGAUGCUCAAUUCUCUUGCGGACUCGAUUAAUGCUCUGAAUGCAGAUUUGCUCGACCUUACGCCGUCUGUGGCCCAGUCGCUCAAAAGAGUUGAAGUUCCCAACGUCAAGUGGCUUUAUUGUAUUGGCGAAGCGAUGUCAUCUGAAGUGGUGAACGAAUGGGCCGGAGCAUGUGUCAAUUCCUACGGGCCUACAGAAGCUGCGUUCUGCACCACGAUCUUUCCUACCACACCGGAAUUCAAAACUUCUGUGAUUGGACGUCCGUUCCCAACGACGUCGUUUGCAGUAUUCUCCCCCCGAGGUGACCGACCAUUACCUGUGCUAGGUGUCGGUGAAUUGCACAUUGGCGGUGCUCAGCUCGCUCGGGGGUACUACGGCCAGACGCAACUUACCGAAGAGAAGUUCUCGCACAAAUGUGGCCAAAGGUUUUACAAAAGUGGCGAUGUUGUGCGGACGCUGGGCGAUGGUAGUUUCGAGUUCCUCGGGCGCGCUGAUGACCAAGUCAAGAUAAGAGGUCUACGAGUCGAACUGGGCGAGAUCAACAAGAUCCUCAAAGAGAGCGAUGGGAGCAUAGUCGCCGUCACGACACAGAUACUCAAGAAAGAAAGCGACGAAAAAGACCAGCUUGUUGCGUUUCUUGUGCUCCAGUCCCCGGCCAACGAAAGUGAGCAGGCGAGAGUCAGAUCUGUUGCUAAACAGACGGCGAUAGACAUUCUGCCAUCAUACAUGGUACCACAGUUCUUCAUUUCCAUCGAUAAGAUACCGAAGUCCAUGGCCGGCAAGAUCGACAAAAAGGCGUUGACGAGUGCCUUCCGGGUGUCGAUUCAGGCGGACGUUGAGUCGCAUGACUCCGAACAGGAUGCUCUGAGCUAUCAGUGGACCGAGCGAGAACAAAGAAUACGCGAGAUAUUCGCAAAGCUUUCCAAAACUCCACAUGGAGACAUCAAACCCUGGACUUCCAUCUAUCAGCUCGGUCUCGACAGCAUCAGCGCUGUCCAGAUCGCAGCUGCGCUACGCAAAGACGCCUUGCAAGCAAGCGCGACAGACGUGAUGCGGUACAACAACUGCAAGGAUCUUGCUGCAUACCUGGAGCGCUCUUUUGAUACCGUACCUACAAAACUAGGACACUUUGAUUUCGACGCCUUUGAGCGAAAACAUCGAAACGAUAUUGUGAAAGUAUGCGGUAUCCCUGAUGGGCAGAUUGAAGCCAUACGUCCCUGCACGCCUCUGCAAAGCGGUAUGCUAUCGCAAUUCAUUGCAAAAGACGGCGAGAUCUAUUUCAAUUACCUGCGCCUACGCCUAAACGAGAACGUAGAUGCACGUCGUCUGAAUGAUGCGUGGGUGGCCACUGUGGAGAGGCAUCGCAUGCUACGCACAGGUUUUGCGCAUGUCAAGGAUAGCAACACAUCAUUUGCCAUGGUUCACUAUAUAGUCAGCUCUGCGUUGCCCUUGUGGCAUACCGACGCGGAUGAUCCUAGAGCAACGGAGAAAUGGUUGCGCGACUCUGAACAAGAAGCGGUCACAAACCUGCAUCAGCCACCAUGGCGCAUACGCUUCAACAGUGUGGACGGUAUCGCCUAUCUUGAUGUGGCACUGCUGCAUGCUAUAUUUGAUGCUCAGAGCCUGCAGCUCAUCUUCAACGAUGUUGUUGCGGCAUAUCAGGGCAACCCGACUGCCACAGCGCCCUUUGAACCCACGAUCGAAGAAAUUCUCCAUCUGAGCCGCAAAGACAAUACAGCAUCGAAUGAAUUUUGGAAACAACUCGGGCAGCUCGCAACACCGACGCGCUUCCCCAACCUUACCCCGCUCCGGUAUGAUCCUAGAGAAGCUGCCGUGCUUACCAAGUCGUCCAAGCAUACGCUGGAAGAGCUCAAUGACGGAUGCAAGGCUUCCAAUAUCACCCUGCAAGCUGCAGGCCUUGCUAGUUGGGCAACGCUCUUGGCAGCCUAUACAGGCGAGCCCACUGUCACUUUCGGUGUCGUUUUGUCUGGUCGGACCACAGAACUUGCAGACGAUGCUGUCUUUCCCUGUAUCACAACCGUACCUUUUGCCUGCAAGAUAACCGGUGACCAAGCAGAAGCACUGAAGAACGUCAUGUCGUUGAACGCUGAAAUUCAACAGCACCAAUUCACACCGCUCAACGAAAUCCAGAAGCUGAUGGGAUAUCCAAAUGAGCCACUCUUUGACUCGAUUUUUGCAUUCCAAAAGCUUGCAAACACGGGAGAUCUCGACGGGCUGUGGGCUCUAGUAGACGAAAAAGCAUCGAUUGAGUACCCGUUGUCGAUCGAGCUCGAACCUAAGAACAGGCAGUUGGAGUUGCGGCUAACAUUCAUGCCUCACGUCGUCCCGGACAAACAGGCUUCUCUGAUCCUAGAUCAAUUAGACUAUCUCAUUGAAAGACAUGUGUUCUCGAGAAAAGACGACCAGGAUAGAUUCGAUCCCGAAGUCUAUUCAAUUAUACCCGCUGAAACGCCUACAAUCCCAUCCGAAGUUAUGUUGCUCCACGAAUUUGUGGAGUGGACGGCAACUAAGGGUCCCGACCGCAUUGCUUUCGAGUUUGCAACUUCAUUGCUACACGAGCAUUAUGCAAGCCGGAAGUGGACCUACGCGCAACUCGAUGGCGAGGGUAAUAGAAUCGCCAAUCUUCUCGUUUCGCACGGGGUUCGACCUGGUGGACUGGUUGGUAUCUGUUUUGAGAAAUGCCCCGAGGCCUCUUUUGCGAUCCUGGGCAUAUUGAAAGCUGGAUGUGCAUUCGUCGCGCUAGACCCCGGAGCGCCUAGUGCUCGCAAGGUAUUCAUCCUCGAAGACUCUGGCGCGCCAAUAGUGCUUUCGAUGCACGCUCAAUCCGCUGGCUUCAAGGACGACACAGAAGCAACGGUUUUUAACCUCGAUGAGGUUGACUGGCAGUCUGCAUCGGCAGAGAAGCCAACCCUUGCGAGGACGAUAGACCCUCAGGAUCGCAGCUACUGCUUAUAUACCUCUGGGACUACCGGCACACCGAAGGGGUGCGAGCUCACCCACGAGAACGCAGUGCAGGCAAUGCUUGCCUUCAGGCGGUUGUUUUCGGGCCAUUGGGACGAUGAAUCUCGCUGGCUUCAGUUCGCUUCCUUCCACUUUGACGUGUCCGUGCUCGAGCAAUACUGGAGUUGGUCCGUUGGCAUAUGCGUAGUAUCCGCACCACGAGACAUUUUCUUCGAAGAUCUCGCUGGCUCAAUUCGAGCACUUCAAGUUACUCAUAUUGAUCUCACCCCCAGCCUCGCUCGAAUGUUGCAUCCCGACGAUGUACCCACGCUGUGCAAGGGAGUGUUUAUCACGGGAGGCGAGAGCCUUAAGCAAGAAAUUCUCGAUGUAUGGGGUCCGAAGAGCGUCAUAUACAACGGCUACGGCCCGACCGAGGCUACUAUCGGUGUGACUAUGUAUCCUCGCGUUCCCGCUAAUGGUAAGCCAUCAAACAUCGGCCCUCAGUUUGACAACGUGGGGUCGUAUGUUCUGCGUCCGGGUUCCGAUGUGCCGGUUCUAAGAGGUGGAGUCGGGGAGCUGUGCGUGUCUGGCAAAUUGGUCGGAAAGGGCUAUCUGAAUCGACCAGACCUGACUGAAGAGCGAUUUCCCUAUCUUGAGCGCUUUGGUGAGAAAGUCUAUCGAACGGGGGAUCUCGUCAGAAUUUUGCACGACGGCACGUUUGACUUCUUAGGCCGGGCGGAUGACCAAGUGAAGCUGCGUGGUCAGCGACUCGAGGUUGGAGAAAUCAACUCGGUCAUCAAACAAUGCGGUAUUGCGAUCGCAGAUGUGGCUACGCUAGUGCUGAAACACCCCAAGCAACAGAAAGAGCAGCUGGUCUCCUUCGUCGUUCUUGGAUCCGGGACGCGCGGCGAUACAAAGAUUGUAUUGGAGGCGACCGGCGAACUGUGGAAAGCUAAGGAAGCUUGCCAGGACAAGUUGCCCCCGUACAUGGUGCCUACACAUUUUGUCGCCCUUACGACCAUGCCGUUAUCUGCCAACAACAAAGCUGAGUCGAGAAAGCUCAAAGGUUUGUACGAGGGAAUGUCUGUCAGUGACUUGUCGCUUCUCUCGUCAGGUACACAGACAAAGGACGAGAAAUGGUCGCGACAAGAGGAACAGGUCCGCGACAUCAUCAUGGAAGCAUUGGGCAUCGUGGGAGACAAUCUCGGAAAAGAUUCCAGUUUCUUUGAGCUUGGCAUGGAUUCGAUCUCCGUGAUAGGCGUUUCGAGGGCGUUGAAGCAGGCUGGGGAGACGCAGGCUGCAGCAUCAAUUAUCCUCAAGAACCCGACGAUCCGACGGCUGACGAAGGCAUUAUCAAAUGGAUCGUCCGACGAAACUGAUAGAGGAUCUGUCACUGCAGCGCAGCAAGCAAUCACAGCCGUGCAGCACCAGUACAGGCGGGUCGUGGCCGAGACAUUAUUCAUGGACACAAGGAACAUCGAGACACUGGCUCCAUGCACGCCUUUGCAGCAGGGCAUGAUCGCGAGAGCUUUAGAAAGUGAGAGUGGGAUCUACUUCAACAGCUUCCGAUUUGAACUUGGGACCGAUGUCGACGUCAAUAAGCUGCGGGAAGCCUGGGAGCAAGUUUUCGCAUCGACGCAGAUCCUACGUACUGUCUUCGUGAACACGGAUGAAGGGUUUGUGCAGGCUGUACUCCGGAACGUUGACCUUUCCUAUCACGUAGAUGACCUUCUCGACGACAACUCGCUCGAAGAUCAUCUGGCAAAGAAGAAGAAGGAAUGGAUACGACUCAAUCGGACAAAUUUUAAGCGGCCGAUUGAGGUCUUUGUGGUGACCACUCCGACAGUCCAACACCUUUUAGUGCAUAUUUUCCAUGCUCUAUACGACGGCAAUAGUAUCGGGCUCGUCUUCAAGGCUGUUUGGGACGCCUAUAACGACCGCAAAGUUCAGAUCGGCCCAGCGUUCCACUCCGCCCUUGCCCAUGGUCCUUUGCGACUAUCAGUCAAUGCUCGGCCGUUCUGGGAGAAGCACCUUCGAGAUCACAGACUCCGGCCGCUACCUGCACUUGAUGGUCGUACCGACGAGGGACUGGUUAUACUUUCCCGUGAGAUACGGGACCUGCAUAGCCUUGAAGACACUAGACGAAAGCUCAACGUCACGGCGCAAGCCAUUGCUCAAGCUUGCUGGACUAGUGUUCUCCACCAAUAUCUAAAAGCCCCGGUAACCAUCGGUAUGGUAGUGUCCGGCCGCAGCAUUGACUUCGAGGAUGCCGACAAAGUCAUUGGGCCUUUGUUCAACAGCAUCCCGUAUCAGUACCGCGCACGUCAUCGCGAGACUUGGGCUACAUUGGUCACACGAUCUCACGAGUUCAACAUUGCUGCGCAACCGUAUCAGCACACACCUCUGAGAGAUAUCAUGAAGUGGCUGAAGCGAGGUCCCGACCAGCCAUUAUUCGAUACACUGUUCGUUUAUCAAGUUGCUGAAGAGGAUGAACAAGCUGUUGAAAACGAUCUUUGGCAACUGCAGGAUAGUGGAGCAGAGGCUGAUUAUCCUCUUGCUGUAGAGGUGGAACAGAGCCUUGGUGGGAUGCUGACAUUGACACUGGUCGCUCAAGGCCAUGUAGCGGAUGCGGAAUUAGCGAACAAAUUGCUCGAAACGUAUGAGGCAGCUUUGCGCCGCGUGAUGGAAGAUCCAGAGGCCGUGUUGGAGACGUUUGUUGAAAACGACGGAGACUGCGCAAGCGGCAAACCUACCAGUAAUUCAAUGGAGAAUGAGGUUGAAUCAUUUGAUGGUACGACGGACUUUAGCUGGAGCAGCCACGCCAGGAUUGUUCGAAAAGAAAUCGCCGACCUUUCUGGAGUCGAGGUUGGAGAAGUCAGCGCGAACACCACCAUAUUCGAAGUCGGUCUGGACAGUAUUGAUGCCAUCAAGCUGUCUUCCAAGCUCAAAAAACAGGGCAUCGAGCUCCCCGUCAGCGGCAUCAUGCGCGGCCUGAAUGUCGCCAGCAUGAUGCAAUAUCUCUCCGUCGGCAAAGAGAAGCUCAGUUCACGGCCUUCGGAUAUGAUCUAUCAAGCAAACAAGAAGCGACUAAAGAGCUACCUUCGGCGUCGUGGAGACACUGAAGGCGUGGAAGAUAUACUUCCGCCAACACCACUGCAGGGUGCUAUGGUGGCCGAGAUGAUCGCCUCGGAUUACACGAGAUACUACAACCAUGACGUGCUGAAACUGAGACCCGGCAUCGAUCUUGAGCGGGUACGACAGGCAUGUACAGAGGUCAUCCGGGGAUCGCCUAUUUUGCGCACGGCAUUCAUUGCAGUUGAUGAUCCGAGCAUUGAUUUCUCUCAUGCGCAGGUCAUCCGUCAUCAACCGCAUGAGUUCUGGACUUCUACAGUGGUUAACACUGAGCCCGAUUUCCCAACUGUCUUUGACAGCAUUCGAGAAGAGGCAACAGGCAAACCUUCGUCUCAACCACUCUUCCAUGUUCGAUUGAUUCAAUCUCCACGUCAAACCUAUCUCGUUCUCUCAAUAGCCCAUGCGCUAUACGACGGGUGGUCCCUGAGUCUUCUACAUUCCGACAUACACAAGACGUAUGCCGGUAACUUCCAUCCGCGACCUUCAUACGAGCCAGCGCUUCAUGAGAUUUUGACCGCAACGGGAGCAGACGCUGCAGCAUUUUGGCGUGACUAUCUCUCGGACGCCAAACAAGCGAUCCUGCCUCGCCGCGCCGAUGCAUCACUCCAAACAGUUCAUCGCAAUGAGCAAGGCAGCCGCCUCUCUCUUUCUGCUGUCACAUCCUUCGCGAAAAAGCAUGGUAUCACGCUGCAGACACUCGGCCAAGCUGUACAUGGCGCAACGAUAGCUUCCUACACGAAAUCGCUCGACGUGACCUUCGGCUCUGUACUUUCUGGUCGCGAGGACGAGUCGAGGGCCAACCUGCUCUUCCCUACAAUGAACACAGUCGCCAUCCGAACUAUACUCCAUGGCAGCAGGAAGGAUAUGCUGCUGUAUGUCCAAGCCAACUUCUGGAGCAUCAAGCAGUGGCAGCACUUCCCGCUCCAAAAGGCUCUUUCUCUGGCUGGCGUUCACGGAGGCCUUCUACAAAGUCUGUUUAUCUACCAGAAGGGCUUGAGCGAGGACGUUGAGAACUCAGAGAAGCUGUAUGAGAGUGUCCAGGGUCGGAGCGACGUCGAGUACCCCGUUUGUGUGGAGAUGGAAGUGAUCGGCACAGAGCUUAUCUGGCGGUGUGCAGUCAAAGAUGAAGGGUUCGAUGAAACAGGUGCACAGGAAUUACUGGAAAGACUUGACAAUGUACUCGAGGCCAUCGUCGCAAAGCCUGACGCACCGAUCAUUGAGUUCACGGCGAACGGAGUAUCAAUCUGUGACUUACCGGCCUACACGAAUCAAGAAGCAGACGAUAGCUCACAUAUCAAAUCUGACAUAGAACAGCGGCAAUCUGAUUAUUCGACAACACCUACCGCCGGCAUCAUCCGAGAGGUACUGGCUUUCGUAUCACAGACGCCAGACGAUGAGAUCAUUCCAGGCAUGACUAUCUUCCACAUGGGUUUAGACUCCAUCAGCGCUAUCAAAGUCUCCUCACUCCUUCGCAAGCGCGGAGUCACUCUUAGUGUUGGCGAGAUGCUAAAGGCAGGUACCGUGGAGGAAAUGGCGCGCAUUGCGGACGGGAAGACACCGACGGCUGACAGCGAGAACGACGACCUUAACAUCAUAAUUCAAGAGGCGCUUUCUGGCAUCGACCAAGCCAGUGUACUUGCGAAAGCAGGCAUCAAUGAAAAGGAUAUUGAGCGCGUGCUACCCGCAACGGCUGGCCAAAUUUACAUGUUAUCUAUGUGGGCCAAGUCGGGCGGCGCCAUGUUCUAUCCGGAGUUCAAUUAUCGCAUUCAUGGCGAGGUGACUUUUGAGGCGCUGCAGACAGCGUGGAAUACGGUACUCUCGCAAAACUCGAUACUGCGCACACACUUCAUUGUAACCAACGACAAGCGGACGCCGUAUAUCCAAGCCAUCAUGCGUUACACGCCAAUGAAGAUAACGAACGGCAGCGAUAUAGAUGACAACGAGCUGGCAAAGCAAAAGCUCAAGAUGGGCUUACAACAACCAUACGCACACCUAGUGGUCUCAAAACCAUCUCCAUCAACCCCAUGGGACGUAAACCUGAAGAUACAUCAUGCGCUCUAUGAUGGUGUCAGCCUGCCACUUAUCAUCCAGCAACUCCAAGACCGCAGCAACAGUGCCGACAACCCAACUCAGAAAGAUAUACUCCCGCUAGUCAUUGCGAAGAUUUCGGGCGACUCGCCAAUGGAACAGCGCAAGGCCUUCUGGACAAACUACCUCAAGGAGGUAAUUCAGAACCAUCUCACCCAGCCCAGCAUUCCGCCCACCUCACGAACCGAGAUCUUCAAGCUUGGCCUUCUCCCAAGCGUAACCGCUCUCGAAACACAAGCCCACAAGCAUGGCCUUACAACACAGUCCCUCUUCGUCGCUACAUAUGCGAAGAUCUACGCCCGGCUCACCUCUACGCCGUCAUUUUCGGACGUCAUCAUUGGCCUGUACCUCGCGAAUCGCUCCCUUCCCAUCGCCGAUUUGCACGAAGCGCCUGUUCCGACAGUAAACCUCGUUCCUCUGCGGGUCUCGGCACCGUUAGAAACAAAUAUCUUUGACGUCGCGGCACAGAUACAGUACGACAUUCAGGAGAUCAGCGCGCCGGCGAAUGCGUCUGCGGGGCUGUGGGAGAUUGCGGCGUGGACCGGCGUUGGGGUGGAUACCUUCGUGAACUUUCUGAAGUUGCCCGGUAGUGGGGAGGAUGUUGAUGAGGAUGCUGUCAAGAUUACACCUGUUUGGCAGUGGAGCGAGGGGUUGAGCAGGGUUGUGGACGUUGAGAGGGGCGUUGCGCCGCCGAAGGAGAUGGUGGAUGAAGUUGUAAAUGGCGCCUACCUGCAUGCGCUUGAUGUUGAAGCUACAAUCAGAGAUGGAUCGCUGGACAUGGGAGUCUUCGCUCCGCAAGACAUGAUGAGUUUGAAGGAGGGAGAGAAAAUGAUGGAGGAUAUUUUGACUGAGCUGGAGGGUCUGAGCAAGAUUGGGAAUUGA